CUUGCAUCGAACGAUUUGACAACUCUAACUUGCAGUUCUAUCAAAUAAACGAAAACGCAAUUAUUGUAUUGCAAAUAAUUAAUGUAGUCAAUCAUUAGAAUUAUAAACUAUAAAGCAAUUGAAAGUGUUCAGAUUGUUGUAUACAUUUCUAAACUUGUUGUAUGGUACUCUUAAAAACAACUCGAAACUUUCUGUGUGUAUGUGUGUUUUUUUGUUUGUCAAUAGGGGCGGGGGUGCAGGUGCACUGCAAAAGUGAUUUUUCAUAAUAAGCGUAGUCGGAAAUACCAGACGCCAAUUUGUUGCUUUGCAAAAAUGCAUAGCAUUAGCAGCACAUUGCUAACGUUAACUCUGGUGCUGUACGCCUUAUUGCAUACAGUUAAUUGUAAACAUGUUGUUAUAACGGCCCCACAACAUGCGCUCAUCGGCUCCACGGUAAAUGUUAGCGCCACAUUAUACGAUGGCAGUAGAAUUGCCAGCAAAGGCAGCUAUAGCUUCACCUGGAAGGACAGUGCUGGCCAAAUCAAGGAAAUUGAGACGACCGAACCGAUCAGCAAUUGGAGUUUAAUAUACGCAAGGGAUGACACGAAUUUGGGACGCCAUCGGUUAGAAGUGAGCGUGUCGGAGAAGACGUUCAUAUUGUGGUUUCCGGUGGCUGAGAAUGCAGUUGCACUCACAGUGGUCAAUACACUCAGCGGCAGUCUGCAGCUUAUACAGGAUAAAAAGGUGCGCACACAGGAUUUUGUGUCCACCCAGUAUCCAGUAGAGCAUAGCAUUGAACUAUGGCAAGCAGAUUUGGAUUAUUUGAAAAGUAAUAAUUACUAUAUUAAUACGUACUGGUUCGAAAACUGUACAUAUCUGGGCAUGUCGCAUGCCUAUGACUAUCAAGCAAUAUAUCCCGAUCCCGAUCAAUACUAUAAUAUUGAGGCGCUGGUGGUGGCAUCACCUUUUCCGCUGCCAGAGCCAACAACAUCUACAACAACAACAACAACGACAACAACAACAACAACCACUACAACGAGCACUACUACAAGCACCACGCCCGCAACUACAACGUCCACUUCCACAACGCCCGCCACAACAACAACAUCAACAACACCAGCAACAACAACUACAACUACAACUACAAAAGCACCAAAGCUGUCUCGGCUUAAACGUGACCUUAACCAAACCAUGCACGCAAAUGCUAAGCUGCUUGGACUGAACCUGGCAGCCGCUGUGCAGCAGGAGCUCCUGAAGAAAAACAGCAGUGGCAACGCAUCCAUGGCUCUUGUAAAUCCUUUGGGCGUGCGGAAGCUAAAGCUGCUGCCCGUCCCGGCACCAGCUUACAAUUGUAUUGAUGGCAACAUUGUUGCCCAGGAUCCAAACAAUACCUAUGGCUAUUUUCAGCGGCGUGUUGUCUCUAAGACGCCCAUCUCCAGCUUUGGUACGAGUGGCAAGAACUGGCUGCAGCAUUGGGAGCUGAUUAAUCUACAAAUCACCUGCAAAGGCUCAGCGCCCUUUGAGGUUUGCAUUCAGUAUUACAAUGCGCCGUAUAAUGCCACAGGAAACGAAACGUGCAGCAGCUAUGAUAAGUACGACAAGUGCGACUUCAUCUUUGCGCGCUAUUUUGCUGAUAGCAAGACGAUCCUGUUUUUUAUACGCAACGAAGUCUCUGAGAGUGUCAAUCAAGUUACUAUUAACAUCUAUGAAGCUAAGCGACAAUCGCAGCUAUCGGUUGUAGUUGUGCCUAUUGCCUGCACUCUGGUAGCCGUUUGCCUGGUCAUUUUCGGAGUGGCGUACUACAUGCAGAGCCGUAAUCGAUUUACGGUAGAAGUGGCUGAUUUUAAUUUUGGUGAUACACAGUCGGUGGAUAUGGAAUACAAAACAUUCCAGCAGCGUUUGAUCGACAGCAUACGCGAUGCGUGGCCAUGGCCCAGGUGGCGACGCUACUCACAGUCAAGCACGGAUCUCAUGGCCGAGCAGCCGUCAAAUUCCGGAAGCUUUGGCGGCAACGUUGGCGACGUUGACAGCAAUUUGCGCUACAAUACGUUCAACUAAAAUUGAACACUUUUGCAUAAUUGUUAUCUUUAUUAUUUAAUCAUAUUAAUUUAAAUUUUGAGUUUUUAGUUUAUAGUUUUGAUUUCUUUCAAUUGGUGCGUUUCGUAAGUUUUAGUCAUUUGCAUUGUAAAGCAGCUUUUUUUGUUGUGGGCAAUAUCAACCCAAUAUUUGUUCGUGUCCCCAUAUUUUCACAUUUAAUCAUAUUCGUGACCAUUUUCGUCCACCAAAACGCACACUCGCUCAGCAAUUGCCAAACGACAUGCAAUAUUUAAUAGCAAAUGGAUAAAUUUUAUGAACGCAACUAAUAUUCUUAUAAAAUGUUGUAAAAGACUGUCUUUGUUCUAAAAAACAAGCAAAAGCAAGAAACAGAAAGAAGGAAAUUAACGUAUGCUACAAAUUUGUUUCGUUUUAAGUGAAACCAUAAUAUAUUGUCAUGUUGGCAGACAUAACUUGAUGACAAA